AUGAACAACCAAUCGCCUUAUGCACCAACAAAUAUCCAUAGCGAGAGAUCGGUGUCGCUAGGGCUAGUUAGAAAUUCGUCUAUAUCAUUGGAUGUACCUUUUAAGCUUUAUGAGAAUUCCAAGGAACAGCAUUUAUACGAAGCUUUAUCGGAACUGUAUUCCAUCAUAGUGACAUUGAAUAGCCUGGAAAGGGCCUUUAUCAAGGAUACAUUAUACGAUAACUAUGAAGCCAGAGUAAACAGGCUGAUAAGUCAAUACAAUGCUAUUUUAAAACAGGAGGAAGUUCUUAGUUUGUUUGGUUCUUUAGAGCAGUUUACCACCACAUAUCAGUUGGAUGCGCCUUACGCUAAAAACAGAUUGGAAGUAGGGUUGCCCUUACAGGAGCCACAACUUACAUAUAAUGGAACUGGAAAUGUUAGUAUAACAGGCACAGCAGAUUUGGGUGCCGGAGCUGGAGCCGGAACUGGAUCCAAUUACUCAAGCAGAGCAGUCGCAGAGGCUACGGGGAACUUUAUUACUUGUAUGGACGCCAUCAAAUUGCACUACAGAACUAAAGAGCAGCUACAUCCGUUAUUUUCGGAUUUAAUCAUGAGUAUCAAUAAAGUCUUGAAUAAUGGCGAGUUUGAGGGUAAAGCAAAGAUCGUUGAAUGGCUGAUAAAGCUUAACGGUCUAGGAAUCGAUGAAAGCAUAUCCGAGCAGGAAUCCAAAACCUUAUUAUUUGACUUAGAUAACUCGUAUAAGGGAUUUUACAGCAAAUUGGAUUCUUAG